AUGGCCGAGGAGGAAGCGAACUCGGUCUUCAGUCACGACGAAGGCUCGAGUGGUGAUGAGACAGCCAACAAUGGCUCGGCCGGGCCACCGAGAAAGCGCAAGAGGGAGAAGCACCAAAAGACGUCAUGUGAGCUGUGCAAGGCGAGAAAGGUGAAAUGCGAUCGCGCAGAACCGGCCUGCUCAUGGUGCGCUCGACACAACCGCACGUGUGUCUAUCUUGAGAGACAGAAGCCUGGAAGCCGCAUUGGAUUCAGUCUCGAGCUUGAGGCCAAGGUCAACAGGCUCGACGCGCUCCUACAGGCCCUGGGUCGCCGAGUGGAGGACCACAUCGCCAAUGAUCACGUCGCCAACGGCAACACCCAGGCCCUGUCCCCGGCCAUCAGUAACCAAGCAUCAUCUCAGGUCGAAGGAUUUCAUCAUGAUGGGAAUGGCGUCAGUCCCGCGACCGCUAUUCCACGGCCAGCACCAACAACGAACGGGAGGACGCCGGCUUUCUCGAGUCCCUUCUGGCAGGGUGGCGAUGCUCAGGAGGCCCUUCAGAACGGUGACCGAACCUCAGUCCAGGCUCUCCUAAACCUUUCGGCUGGUGAAUCUUUCAGUCAAACAGGUGCAUCUCCCAGCAUUUCUGGGCCUCGGAAAGAUGCAUCGUCGUUGUCGACUGUGUCAGAGUUUCCGCCACACGACAUGCUCUACACGCUUGUCGACCUGUACUUCAAACACUGCAACACAUGGUGUCCUAUCCUUGACCGCAAGACAACAUUCGGCGCCUUCUUCGGCUCGACUUCCCUGACCGAAGCCGACCGUGUUCUGUUACACGCUAUUGUAGCAACGACACUGAGGUUCAUGAAAGAUCCGCGACUAUCACCCGAGAUGCGAUCUCAUUACCACGCCUUGUCGAAAGGACGAGUCCAGAUAUACGCGAUGGAGAAUGUCAGCAUCGCGGCAUUGAGAGCUUUGGUCAUUCUGUGCUUGGAUGAGCUCGGUACGUCCAACGGGCCGCGUGGUUGGAACAUGCUUGCGCUGCUCUCACAGAACGUGAGACAGCUUGACUUGUGCGAGGAAAGCAGCGUAUACCUCACGGCCGAGGCCGAAGAUACACCGCAUACCGGGUCGAUACGAAGAGUUGCAACAGGGCGUCCGGAGUCGUGGAUCGAAGAUGAGGGCCGGAGGAGACUGUGUUGGAUGGUAUACCUUCUCGAUCGAUACGCAACGAUCGCAACGACCACAUUCGAAUUCAUGCUCGACGACAAAAAGAUGAAGCGCGGCCUUCCGUGUUCGUACGACUUGUUUUCCCGAAAUGUGCCGGUCGAGACGAGAUCAUGGAGCCCGUCCUCCGAUCCGACAGCUCCUCCAGCGAUCAACAAGCCGGACAACUUGGGGAGCUUCUCGUAUCACUGCGAAAUUCUCCGGAUACUCAGCAAAGUCCACGAUUUUCUGAAAACACCCAUCGACGUAACAUCAUCGGGCGAGAUGGCCGUCUGGCGCAACACAUACAGGUCACUAGAUGGUGCGCUCGACAACUGGUUGCAAAGCCUGCCGAGUGAAUACAGCAGGAUAUCGGCGCUGUGCCACUCCGAUCCAGCCAGCCGUGUCGCGAACUGGUUCAUGCUGCAUAGCGCGUAUGUCACGUCGGUGGUGCGCCUGCAUUCCUCGGCUGCGUACCCCACCGUGAGAUCUCACAUAUUCGUCCCGUCACAUUAUGCAAUGCAGCGAUGCCUGUCGGCCGUGCAAAGUCUCGGCGACAUUGCGCAAGACGUGUUCGAGGCUAAUGGUCUCGACCUGCUCGGGCCCCCCUUUGCCUUCUCCCUAUGGGUUGCUGCUCGGUUGCUGCUCGUCCAUGCCGCAACCGUAGGCUGCCCGGUUGAUCCCAAGAUUGAUUUCUUCAUCGAAACCCUCAGACAUGUCGGCCAAUACUGGGAGGUGGCAAAUAAUUAUGCCAAAAUCCUUGCUCGAGUAGUUCAGCGAGGACGCCAAGGCGACAUGAACUUUACUGCCAUGAGAAAGAGUGCUCAUGAUUUGGUGACUUUGACAUCCUCAACACGGCGGUCUGGCUUGGAGCCCACAUCGACCCAGGUGACGUCGUUAAGCGAGCUGGACAACAUCGACGUGUUCGACUUCUUCAAUUAUCCGAAGAUGUCGGACCCACAAACGAGAGCCACCAACGGCCAGACCAAUAUUUUGCAAGCGCAGGCCAUGAGCGGGCUAGGAGGCGAUCCCAUGAGAUGCACAGGCGUACCAGACCCAGAAUCAGACUGGCUGGGAUUCAAUACCCCUUUCAAUUGA